UCCGUUCAAAUCAGCAGUAUCGCUUCAGAAUUUGCUCACGAGUGUUUUGUCCAGUUCCAUGGUACGUUGAAAGCCAUGUUGCCCUAUCCGUUGCUUUUAUUCCUUGUCAUUGGGGCAACCGCGUUCCAGGUGAAGGAACAGCUUCCGGAAGAGUUUUUACUGGGCGGCAUGGAAACGUCCUUUGGACAGUUUCCGGCCGCGGCUUACAUUGUGAGUCCCGAACGAGAACUGUGUGGAGCUACGGUCUUGAAUGCGAACCAUGUACUGACCCUGGCACAAUGUGUCCUGAAUGCAACGCACAAUACGAUCAACCCACGACUGGUGAGAGUUCACGCGGGAGUUUUGGACCUGGAUUCGGUUUCGCCACACAGGCAGACGAGACUGGGAGAUGUGAUCUUUGUGCAUCCGAACUUCAAAGCUCAUUCGCUGGAAAAUGACGUUGCGGUGAUACGGAUUCAGCAGCCAUUCAUUUUCCCAAGCAACGAGGUAGAACCAGCUUUAAGGCGAACGAGAAUAGUUGCUAACGGAGCUUCGUGCUCGUUGGUAGGUUGGGGAUCGAUUGCUACUGGUCCCGUACAAGUUGUCAAUCAUGUCCAAAGGGUCAUCUCGUUGACGGUGAAAGAUCGUGAUAUGUGCAGCUCCUUACGGCGAGAUAUGCCAGUAUUCGAAAAUAUGAUCUGCGCUGGAUAUACAACCAAUGUUCCGAAUGGUCCGGCUCCAUGCCAAGGCAGCCUCGGUUCUGGGUUGUACUGCCAUGGAGAUCUGACGGGCUUACUGUCGUUCGGAAUCAACUGUGGAGCGGCAAACAACCCACCGACGUUUACCCAAGUUAGGUUCUACAACCCGUGGAUUGAGCAGCAGCUGGUUCGGAACGAUAGACCACCGGCAGGAUUUUCACCUCUAGAUGUAGUUUAAUAAUGUUGAUCUAUCGUUAUAAAGUGUAUGGUGAGCUCGUAAUAUCACAUAAAAACAAAUUAUUGUUAAUAAAACCCAGAAGGUAGACCUUAAUUUA